CAAUGGAACAUUUAUUGGAUGCCAUCCGCCGUUGUCGCAUUGAAGAAGAAGAUUUAUAGGUUUCACUUACUUCCGGGUGUCAGCUGUGCGUACAUUUUUUUGCAAUGAGUUUUGAGUGGCCUUGGCAGUAUAAUUUCCCUCCGUUUUUUACGUUACAACCCAAUGUUGACACCAGACAGAAACAGCUUGCAGCAUGGUGCUCCCUUGCUCUCUCCUACUGCCGCCAUCACAAGCUCUACACUUUGGACAUCAUGGAAGUCCAAGAGUGCCCUGUGUUCAACCACAAGAAUAUUGAUAGAAAACUAUCAACGGAGGCCAUACUAAUUGUUUUUGAGGAAUUGAGGAAAAAAGGGAACCUGGAAUGGUUAGACAAGAACAAGACACAGUGUCUAGUCAUGUGGAGGAGGCCAGAGGAAUGGGGCAAACUAAUUUACCAGUGGGUCUCUAAAAACGGUAUGGUCAAUACGGUGUUUACACUCUACGAGCUCGCCAACGGUGACGACACAGAAAGCGAAGAAUUCCAUGGGCUGGAGGAGUGGAUGCUGAUUCGCUCGCUGCAGGCCCUGCAGACGGACGGCAAGGCAGAGGUCAUCACCAUGGAUGACGGGAAGGGGGUCAAGUUCUUCUGAAGUAGCAUUGCAUUGUGGGAUUGAUCAAGGUCUCAACUCAGAUUGGGAACCUUUAAUCCUGAUAGACUGUGAGGGUUCUGCUAGCCUGUUCCCAAAUCUGUUUGUGUUGUCCUGCUAACUCAUGUGGUCAUUGGUGUGACACAGGAUGUGGCAAGACAGUGCAAACAGAUCUGGGACCAUGUUAAUAGGGAUACUGCUGUUUAAAAGGCUAUUAUUUGCACCUCUGCACCCAAUCCACCUGCUUGAUGAGAAUAAUAGUCCAUUUUUGGUUCCUCAUAAAUUGAAAGCAUUUUCUUAUUGGAAGAGAACCAAUCUAGAUAGUAAAUUGACAUUUUAGUAAUUUAACAGAUGCUAUUAUCCAUUUGCAAGAGCAGUUUAGGAGAUGACUUUAUUUUGACUACUGUGGUAGUUACCUGGGACUUUUGAUGUGGGCAGGUGUUCUGACAGACAUGUGUCUCAUAAUUCAGGGGAGCCAGUCCUAUACAUGUUUAGCUAUUAUUGGAGAGAAACUUUCCCCACAAUCUAUCUUCCCCUUACUGUUUUGUAUUUAGAACUCAUUUUUAUUCUCACCUUCCUGGUUAAUAACACAUUUACUUGCAGCGAUGUGGUGCGGCAGAGCUGGGGACUUCUGCCCUCCUGUUUUAUUGCUGUUCCUCUUUACCAGAAAUUCCAGUCAAGACACCCUAGAUACAUUUGGGAAGUUUGAAAACCCCAGGAAGAGGAAGCAGAUUCUUGGUUUAGUUCAGCUGUUAUAAUGGUGCUGGAUGUCUCAUGCAUAGACUGACUGCUGUAAACCCUUAGUACAGAACCUAUGACACUGUCUCUGUGUUCUAUUGAACCUCUUUUUUUAAUGUAUUUUUACUAGUGGAAUACUGUAAGAAAUAAAUUGAAUAGAUAGAGUCCUACUUGCAGUUAUGAUUGAGGACAAUGUUGUACGUUAAGGAUUUGAGCGCCAAUUUUUUAAAAUAUAUUUUUUAUUUUACUAGGCAAGUCAGUUAAGAACUAAUUCUUAUUUUCAAUGACGGCCUAGGAACAGUGGGUUAACUGCCUGU